CCGAUCGGGGGCUGUGAAGGGCUCGGCUCCGCGCUGGGCACGCGGCUGGGGGCAGAGCACGGAGGUGCCUUGUGGCCGAGCCCGAGCCCGCUCCGCGCAGGCGCCCUCCGCGCGGAUCUCCGCUCCGCUGCGGGACGAAGUUCAGGUCCUUGGAUCUUCGCAGGGAAAACCCAGCAGAUUCUCCGGCGGAGGCUGAGGCAUGUGGGCAGCCCAACACCGAGACUGCUGGGGGGUCCUGUCACUCCCCGUGAUGAUAGCCAUGGUCUGCUGCGCCCAGAGCGUGAACGAGCUGAGCAACAUGUCCUACGUGAAAGAGACCGUGGACAGGCUGCUCCAGGGCUACGACAUCCGCUUGAGGCCAGACUUUGGAGGACCGCCGGUUGACGUCGGGAUGCGGAUAGAGAUCGCCAGUAUAGACAUGGUCUCAGAAGUCAAUAUGGUCUGGAGGCGUUCCCCUCGAGUCCAUCUUGAAUCACGGUGGGGGAGUCCCAGUCCCUGCACAAGAAAACGGAGGUGAAGAAUUUGUUAAAGAGGUCUGCUUUCUUCUCUGGCGCAACCACCAACUGCCCAGCAUAUCUUGCAGGGGCCCCACGUUUCCCGGUGCCUUCUUCAUCCUCCCUAUAUAUUUGAUUCAGUCAUGACAAUUUAGAAGAGAGUAAUGAAAAAGUGUGACAAGCUUCUAAAAAUAAGAGUUGCAUUAAGAACAGGCAGUUAGUAUAUAUGGAAUAUAGUUCAUGAUCCACAGCUACAGCUCGGCAAACAUAAUUUGAUGAAUAAUAAAAAUCACUAAAAUAACAGUAUUUCAGAGAGACUGAAUAUCUGUAAAUCUAUUAGUAAUGGUCUUACUUAAAAAUGAGGGAAAAUUUAAUACGAAAUGUGUUUUGGACUGAAAAAAAAUUAAAGUUGAUACAAAUGAAAAUGUGUUUUCACUGGAGUUUUCCUUUUUUGAGUUUUCAGAUUUUGGUUACAUGUGAA